AUGGGUUUUUCUUUAUCGAAAUGGCGUCCUCGGCCAGAGGCAAAACCAGCUGUUAUCGAUGUCGAUCAGAACUAUACAUCUGACAGCUCAGAUCCUGCGCUUCUUCGCGAUGGCAACCUUGCUUUCACGCGUGUGCAGGGCGGAAAUGAUGCUAAGGCUUCGUAUCAAGAGGCUAUCGGCGCGCCCGUGGAGACAAACUCACCUCUGGGUUAUCAUGUUGGAUGGUUGACUAUCAUUUUCUUGAACGUCAACCAGAUGAUUGGUACUGGUAUCUUUUCGACGCCUGGAAGUAUCCUCAACUCAACAGGAUCAAUAGGCCUCGCUUUGAUCUACUGGUUCAUCGGCUUCAUCAUGGCCAUUGCUGGAUUCUGCGUGUAUCUCGAGUUUGCCAGUUAUUUCCCAAGUCGAUCCGGAGCCGAAGUCGUCUAUCUCGAACAAGCAUACCCGCGUCCAAGGCAUUUCUUUCCCAUUGCAUAUGCAGUGCAAUCUGUUGUCUUGUCCUUUAGCAGCAGCAAUGCUAUCGUACUGUCUCGCUAUCUCUGGAGAAUCGCUGGCAAGACGCCCAGUGACUGGGAAAUGAAGGGCGUCGCCAUCGCUGCGUACACGCUGGCUGUGAUUUGUGUGAUUGCUCACAACAAAUACUCCCUUUGGGCUGUCAACGUCUUGGGCUUCUUGAAGAUCAUCACCCUCAUCUUCAUAUCAAUCACGGGCUUCGUAGUUCUCGGUGGCAAUGUUUCUAGAAUCCCAGAUCCAAACGCCAACUUCCGCAACGCCUUUAAGGGCACAACUAACAACGGCAACGACCUUUCAACAGCCUUGGUCAACAUCGUCUUCUCGUACACUGGCUAUGCCAACGCCUUCAACGUAGUCAAUGAAGUCAAGAGACCGAUCCCUACGAUCAAGAAGUACGGUUUCAUCUCUGUACUUCUCGUUGCUGUCCUAUACAUGCUGUGCAACAUCGCGUAUUUCUCUGCUGUCCCCAAGGAAGAGGUUGCAGAGUCAAACGAGAUCGCCGCAUCGGUCUUCUUCACCAGUGUCUUUGGUACCAGUGGUGCUGUGACAGCGUUGAAUGUUCUUGUGCUCCUCAGUGCAUACGGUAACCUUCUUGCAACACUGAUUGGUGCUUCAAGAUUGAUUCGUGAGAUCGGACGCCAAGGAGUCUUGCCCUUCACUACUUUCUGGGUAUCAACAAAGCCCUUCGGUACACCCAUCGGACCCUAUCUACUGAAGUGGGCCAUGACGUUCAUCAUGAUUGUAGCCCCUCCUGCUGGUGAUGCAUUCCAAUUUGUGGUGAGUCUCAAGACAUACCCCGAAGGCCUUUUCUUCCUAGCCAUGAGUAUUGGCCUCUACAUCGUCCGACGUCACAACAAGCACGUUGGACGGGGACCUCCGGAGUUCAAAGCCUGGGAUGUCGCAGCCAUAUUCUUCAUUCUCAUCCAGAUCUUCAUCAUCGUCAUGCCAUGGUACCCUCCCAAGGGCGGCCCGUACGCUGGCGACGUGAGUUUCUGGUAUGCGACUUAUUGUGUAGUUGGCAUUGCAAUCAUGAUUCUCUGUGGUGUGUACUACGUCUUCUGGAUCUAUAUCAUUCCCAAAUGGAAGGGCUAUGCAAUUCGGCCUGAAGUUCUCGAAGUUGACACAAAUGGCGCCAACACGCAUCGCUUGGUCAGGGUGCCUCUUACUGAGAUUGAGAAAUGGGACGCAGAGCAUGACGAGGCUGGGAAUUUGAGGCAACGUCACGUUGGUGAUGGACCAGUGCAGGCAGGCGAGGUACUUGAUCACAAAGAGAUUUGA